UGUUCACAUUAAACAGCUGUUUAUUUUUUGUUUAUUUAUGUGGCCUCAAAAACUAAUUUUUACUACAUUUAGUCCGCUUUUAAGAAGUUAAAUGAAUGUGUAUACUAUUAUAUUUACUAUAAGUACAAUUUGCGGACUUUACGCUUUCGAAACAGCCCUCGUUCCCAAUGAGUUCAUAGUUAGUUUCCAUUCAAAAUACUUUGCACCGAUCAGGGAGUCCUACAUCGCAGUAAAGCUAAGUAGCUUAAAUGUAACCGGCUGGACCAUUAUACCACGUCAUAAUUUGGCUUGGGAGUAUCCAAGUGAUUUCGACAUCUUAAGGACCUUAGACGAAGAUCCAGCAUCAAUUAAAUUAGUUAUAGAAAGGAUUGAAUCGCAUCCGUUAGUGAAGAAGGUAUUUCCCCAGCGAAGUGUACGCCGCAUUCUGGCUCAUGGCCUGUAUGGUAACUUUACAAAUGUAAACCGCCAGCCUCAGGGUGUUUUGCGGAACAGAAACUCGGAUAAUGAUCGAUCUCGCCAAGCUUGCUCAGUACUGAAAGCCAACGUUCUUUGGAAACUAGGCAUCACAGGCAAAGGAGUCAAAGUUGCUAUUUUUGAUACCGGCUUAACCAAGAACCAUCCACAUUUUAGAAAUGUAAAAGAACGGACUAAUUGGACUAAUGAAAAGUCCUUGGAUGAUAAGGUUAGUCAUGGGACUUUCGUCGCAGGGGUCAUAGCCUCAUCCAGGGAAUGCCUUGGCUUUGCCCCUGAUGCUGACCUCUACAUUUUCAAAGUGUUUACAAACUCCCAGGUUUCCUACACUUCCUGGUUUCUGGAUGCCUUUAACUAUGCAAUUUUCAAAAAAAUUAACAUACUCAACCUUAGCAUAGGCGGACCGGACUUUAUGGAUGCACCGUUUGUGGAGAAAGUUCUGGAGCUGUCGGCCAAUAAUGUCAUAAUGAUAUCUGCUGCAGGCAACGAUGGCCCCCUCUACGGAACUCUGAACAAUCCAGGGGACCAAAGUGACGUUAUUGGCGUGGGCGGCAUUCAGUUUGAUGACAAAAUCGCCAAGUUCAGUUCGAGAGGCAUGACCACUUGGGAACUUCCGCGGGGAUAUGGCCGAUUAGGGCUGGAUAUAGUUACUUACGGAAGUCAGGUGGAAGGAAGUGAUGUGCGCAAAGGCUGCAGACGCCUCUCAGGAACCUCGGUUUCAUCUCCAGUUGUUGCAGGAGUAGCAGCCCUGUUGAUCAGCGGUGCUUUCCAUAAAAUCGACUUGAUUAACCCAGCAUCCCUCAAACAAGUCCUGAUUGAAGGCGCCGAAAAGCUUCCACACUACAACAUGUUUGAGCAGGGCGCUGGAAAACUGAACUUGUUGAAAAGCAUGCGGCUUUUGCUGAGUUAUAAGCCAAAGAUAAGUCUUGUGCCUCCCUUCCUUGAUUUCACUUUGAACUAUAUGUGGCCAUACAGUUCUCAGCCGUUGUAUUAUGGAAGCUCCAUGGCCAUUGCAAACGUAACGAUACUCAAUGGAAUUUCAGUCACCAGUCAGAUUUUGGGAACCCCGAAAUGGAUUCCAGACCUAGUGCAUCACGGCCAGUUUCUUCAGAUAUCAACAGAAGUUUCUCCAUUCCUUUGGCCGUGGACCGGAUGGAUGGCAGUUUUUAUUGCUGUUAAUAAGGAUGGCGAGAACUUUGAGGGUGUUUGCAAAGGAGCUAUUACCUUAGUUGUUGAAAGUUGGAAGGAUACGACAAACGAAACUCACAUAAGCGAAGUCAAGUUGCCGCUGACCAUAAAAGUAACGCAAACACCUCCCAGAAGCAAAAGGAUUCUGUGGGACCAGUACCAUAGCUUGAGGUAUCCUCCGCGAUAUAUACCAAGAGAUGAUCUAAAGGUGAAAUCGGAUCCUUUGGACUGGAGGGCGGACCACAUACACACAAACUUUAAGGACAUGUAUACGCAUCUACGAAAUGUUGGCUACUAUAUUGACGUUUUGCGGGAACCCUUCACCUGCUUUAAUGCCUCUGAUUACGGAGCUUUAUUGAUUGUAGAUCCGGAGAAAAAGUUCACAGACGACGAAAUACUUGCCAUACACGAAAACGUUUAUAGGAACGGCCUAAGUGUCGUCAUUUUCGGAGAUUGGUAUAAUACAACGGUUAUGCAAAAAAUUAAAUUCUUUGACGAAAACACAAGACAAUGGUGGACGCCUGAUACCGGCGGCGCCAAUAUCCCGGCCCUGAACGAUUUGCUGAAACCAUUUGGAAUUGGUUUUGGCGAUUUUGUCGGCGAGGGACACUUCAAACUGGGAGACCACUCGAUGUACUAUGCCAGUGGUGCGACGAUUGUACAAUUUCCAAAUAACCCCGGGGAUAUAUUGGUGGGAACCAAACUAAACGACCAAGGGCUUUCGAUUAUAAAUUCAAAAACUCCAGCUAAAGUGGGAAAGGAAUACCUACCUAUCUUAGGCAUGUUCCAAACAACGGUCAACCGGGUCGAACCAAUUAGCACAGAGUAUUCAAAAUACAUCAACAGGGGUCUGUUAUUCCGAAAAAGUAACAGAAGCAUUAGCUUUGACAAGAUGAUACAUAAUACUCCACCUAAUAGCGAAGGACGUAUAGCGGUGUAUGGAGACUCGAACUGCCUGGAUUCGACGCACCUCGAAAAGGCUUGCUACUGGUUACUAAAUGUGUUUUUAGAUUUUGCCAUAAACUCGCAUAAAUCCAGCUUGUUGCAAAAUCUGAAUCGAAUAGGGGAGUUCAGUAAAGUACACAGAGCAACUUUACCUUUAAGAAUAUCUAAUGAUAGUAUAGCCCCAGUUCAGCAGAGGAAAAUUUGUGAUGAUAUUGCCUGGUUAGUCCCAUCAGAGGAGAGGGAAGUGGAAGACAAUGAACCUUCUAUUCACGACAUUGUAACAGGCAAAAAUGAAGAAUAUGAAAACGACGUCAUCCAAAAGAUUUUGGAUAUGGAGAUCACGAAGUUGUCUCCGAACAAUGAAUACCUUUCUGAAUGCCAGGACUCCGAGUGCUUGAGAGCUUCAAUUAUAUUUUUGAUUAGUUUAAGCUUAAUGGUUAUAAUAUUAUUCGUAUUAUUUGUAAAGCGUAUAUAUGUAUUUUGUAAAUAA